AUGAAGGACAAUAUCGAAAUUCUUAAAUCACACAUCAAGAACGGAAUCGGUGUGUGUCAUCUCGUUUAUCCUUCAGAUGAGCAAGAAAAUGAACACAUUUUCGUCGCCUCGGACACAAGUCAAUUCCAGACAGGUGCAAUUAUUGGCAACCUUACGCUGGACAAUGACGAAAUCAGCAACGUUCGCGUUUGUGGAUAUUCGUCAAAAGCUCUUGAAGAACCCGAGACAUUCUUGUCCGCAAGGGCAAGGGAACUUGCGGGCCUUAUGCAUGGCAUCAACUCAUUCAAAGACCUUCUUCCGAAGGAUGCUAGGCUCAUCUUCAUAGUUGACCAUAAGUCACUUGAAGAUCUCCACUGCAAACCAAGUCUUAAACCAAGCAGCGGGACAAGAGCAAGACGAGCUUACAGCUCUGUCAUGGAAUUUUCUCGUGCUAGAGUUAUCUACCUACCUAACACGAGUGAUAUCAUUAAAACUUGUGAUAAUCUGUCACGACAUCCAAUCUUUGAAAUUGACCACAAAGCUGUUUUCCAUCCCUCAAUUCUCUGUCCAAAGAGGACCAAAGAGAAUUCAUCGAGUGACCAUCUGAACAACUUAAAGCUUCAGAUUCCAAGACCAAAGGUCGAUGUCAGAGCGAUCAUCGAUGCCCAGAAAAAGUGCACUGAAAUAUCUGGGAUUCGAGAAAAUAUUGAGCAAAACAAGUCUAAAAACAACGAUUAUUUUUUGCUCAAUGAUCUUGUCUAUAAGAAGGUCCGUAACAAAAAACUUGUUGUUAUUCCGGAAAGCCUUACCAUAGACAUCAUCAAUUAUUUUCAUCAAGCUCUGUUUCACAUCGGAGAAAAACCCCUGCUCCAGCACCUUAAUAAGAAUGAACAUUUUCUUUUUAAGCAAAAGGGAAAACAUGUCAAAGCAUGUGUUAAAAGUUGCCUCAGAUGCAAUCAUAUUCACCGUCGCUACAAGACUGCGGACGUCAAGCAGAAGCUCGAGCCGACAUUACGUCCAUACUCGGCUGUUUAUGCUGACACGAUGCACUAUGUCUGCGAAGGAAAGAAAUUUUAUUUUUAA